GUUCAAGGAUGAUGCUUGAGAAGCUGGAUGAGAGAGGAAUGAUGGCACAUAUUUGUGCUGAUCUGGAGUUGGACCCAAUCUUGGACCGUAGAGCAAAAGAUGUAUCUGGUGGAGAGCUUCAGAGGUUUGCGAUUGCCGCAGUUUUCAUAAAGAAGGCUGAGAUAUACAUGUUUGAUGAACCACCUAGCUUCCUUGAUGUGAGGCAAAGACUCAAAGCUGCUCAACAUGACCUCAGUGUCCUUGAUUAUUUGUCGGAUUUUGUUUGCUGUUUGUAUGGGAAACCGACAGCUUAUGGUGUGGUGACUCUCCCCUUUUCUGUAAGAGAAGGAAUCAAUGUUUUCUUGGCCGGGUUUAUCCCCACAGAAAACUUGCGUUUCAGGGAUGAAUCUCUGACCUUUAAGGUUUCUGAGAUUCCACAAGAGAGUGAUGGGGAAGUGAAGUCUUAUGCAAGGUACAAAUACCCAAACAUGAGUAAGACUCUUGGAAAUUUCAAGCUGGAAGUGAUGCAAGGGGAAUUCACCGACUCUCAGAUUAUUGUAAUGCUCGGGGAGAACGGUACAGGGGAAACGACUUUCAUCCGGAUGCUGGCAAAGAAAACCGCGUUUAUUGUAGAGCAUGACUUCAUAAUCAUAGUGACUCUAUUGUUGGUCUAUUGGAAACGGCUUAUGAAACAGCUAGAAAGAAUGUCGGAGACUUUGGCCGAAGCUGUGACUCACUCAAAAUAUGCGGUGAAGGGAAUGCUUCUUGCUGUUCAAAGACGUGCAAACCUAAACAUGCUCCUUAGCAUCCAAGAAACCAUCGAUCAGGUUUUUGAUACCCAAAUAAUCCAGACCUUGUCACGCCAUUGUGUAAACGUGGUUGAUUGGGAAAAGCGUAGGAAAGCAGCAAGAGAGGGAGGAACUCUGUCUCCACAAGAGAUGAAUCUUCUGAGGAAUAUGGAAAAUACCCAAAUUGGUCCUACCGGUGGCAUCCUUGAAGGAUUUGAGAUUGGAAAAGGAAGCCAGGACGCUCGAGACAUGGGACUCUCUAUCCCCUAUGAAUAUGAUCACCUAUAUUUCUAUCUAUUCACGUCUCUCUUAUCGUAUGUGUUUUCGAACAAAGCUCUUGGUUUGUUUGACUAGAAUCAAACAAAGUAUAUAAAAAAAUAAGUUUGAU